CGUCUCUGCAGUGCUCUGGCAGAGCGACAGCGACACAGAUUCGGGGCAAUUCGGGGCUGAUCGGCGAAGAACAUCCCAACCAGGGGCUGGAUUUUACCUCAUUCAAAACGGUUUUUUUUAAGUGUGUAGAUGGCCAAACCGUAGAAAACAAAUUAUACGGCGUCUUAUCAAAGGAAUAUGUGAUUCUCAUUUUUUUCAGAAAAAAGAACGCGUCUUUUUUAUUGAAACGAUUUUCUUCAUUUAAAAAAUUGUCCCCCGACUAUCUACCAAUGUAUUCUUUAUCGCUACCCGGGUAGAUAUUUGUUUUCGCUUGGGGGUUAUUUUUUAAAUUUCAUUUUCACUCCGUUGAAGUCUUGCUCCCUAAAAAGGGGAGCGUUUUUUUUUUAAGGAAAACAUAUAUAUUUUUUUGUUCGAGGAAAUCUUCAAAUCUGUCGGGUCUAGGUGGGGAUUCGAGUUUUUUUCAGCCGGGAGAAGGGGAUAAUAUGUCCAGGCGCAAACAGACCAACCCCUUCAAAGUUAAUUGGCCUUUCCCCACAGCAGGGCUAGCUGGCCCCGAGCGCACUAUGGAGACAGAGAGCAGGGAGGAUUUCGCAGAGGACAGUGAGAGCCACAGCAACAACUCUCAGGAAGCAGAGGAACAGGAGAGUGGAACAGAGGACAGCGACAGUGAUCCGGACAAUCACGGCGAAGACGACUCUUCCAACACAUCGGCUGAUGACAACAUGAUGUGCACCAAGAACAGUCAGAGUGUCCCUCCUGAUGGGGGGGUCAAAGAGGAAUGUGAGGAGAAGGGGGAAUCGGGGAAUGGGUUCCUGUGUCCGCUGUGCACGCUGGAGUUUGGCAGUCCUGAGCAGCUCAUCGCACAUGUUUACCAGCACACGGCCAUGGUCACCAGCACCAAGAGUUACGUGUGCCCCGUGUGUGGGCGUGCCCUGAGCUCACCGGGCUCGCUGGGGCGGCAUCUCCUCAUCCACUCGGAGGACCGGCUGUCUAACUGCGCUGUCUGCGGAUCCCGCUUCACUGACACCAGCAACUUCAACAGGGAGAAGGUGCGAGAGCUCCUGAACACCAGCCACAUGGAGAACAGCAACAGCGAGCAGAGCUCCUCCAUGGUUCACGCUCUCGCCAACACCAUCGUUUCAAACCCCAGCAGCAGCCCUGCCUCUUCGCUCCCCUCCCUCUCAGACAGCCUCAUGUCUUCGCCUUCCUCUCUGCCCCCGCUCCCCGACGGGCUCAACUCCCCGGGCACUGCCCUCCCCCCGCUCCCAGACAUCCUCAGCCCCAUGCCCGUCUACCCCGCCGGCGUGCUGCUGGUCUGCAACAGCUGCGUGGCCUACCAGCAGCUGGUGGAGUCCCAGUCCUCCUCCAUGAGGAAGUGGGCCGUCCGCCGGCAGAACGAGCCCCUGGAGGCCAGGCUCCAGCGGCUGGAGCGCGAGCGCACGGCCAAGAAGACCAAGCGGGCCUGCGAGACGCCGGAGGAGCGCGAGCUGAGGCGACUGCGGGACCGCGAGGCCAAGAGGCUGCAGCGGAUGCAGGAGACGGAGGAGCAGAGGGCGCGCCGACUCCAGCGGGACCGGGAGGCCAUGCGCCUGAAGCGGGCCAACGAGACGCCCGAGAAGAGGCAGGCGCGGCUGAUCCGCGAGCGGGAGGCCAAGAGGCUCAAGCGCCGGCUGGAGAAGAUCGACCCCUCCCUGCGGACCCAGAUCGAGCACGACCCUGCUGCCAUGGCAGCCCUCACUGCCGACAUGAGCCUGUUCCAGUUCCCCAUGCCCUGCCCUGCACUGGACAACAGCCUCUUCAUGAAGCUGCCCUAACAGGCUGGGCGCAGAGGGGCUGAAGCCCUCUUCUUCCCAUGGCACAGCUGUUGAUCCCAAACAUGCAGAAACCGCUCUAACUCAAGAUGUUUUGCCAGACCAGUAGUGUCACUGGUGCAAGUGUCCACCUCUUUUGCAGGAGCUCAUGUGCAAAGAACCAUUCUUGACUGGGUUUGGAUUCUGGAGCCCUGGAAUCGGCCAUUUGCCCCCCCCACCCCAGACUAUUUGGGUGACCUAUGGUAAUGGACUGCAACGGUUACAUUGGCCAUGAUAUGGUGACACCAUGGUGGUUAAUGUGAUCGUUUCUAAAAGCCACGAGAACACGUAUCACGGCUGAUAGGCGGGAGAACCUGAGUACUGACAGGGUGCUGCAGAAGCAACACCUGACGUGAAAAAGAUUGUUUCCUUGCCGUAGGAAGAAGUGAGAGGAGAAUUAAUUUACCAAGUAUUGAACUUGAAACACUCACAGUCCAGGAAAUUGUUGGUUCGGCGACACCCGGCGACGCUGGGUGGAUUUGCCAGCCGGUGGCUGGAGCUGACUGGCAGCUAGUCGUCACGCUGCCCAUGUGGGUCAAUGGCUACCGUUUGUAUCCACUGAAUCUUCUACCUCGCGAUGGGACCUGACAGUACUCGCUGUAUAGUGGCCUGCAUCUGGACUCAAAUGGUUGUGCUGAUAAGAGUAAGCGUGCCAGUACAUGCACAGAUCGCUCAGCUGUACUGGCAUACACAUGCGUUCUGAAUCUACAAAGUACUUUUUCAGACUUUCUUCCUCCUAGUCCACACCCAUACUGACAGCAGAACCCAAACCUAGAAUUUAAUGUGGAGGGGAUCCUUUCUUUUAUUUCCUUUAUUUUAUAGUAUCAGUUAUUGAAAAGAUAUAUAUAUAUACACACACAAAUAUACCUAGUAAACAUCAGUACUGUAAAAAAGAGGAAUAUGUUUUGAAUGUCUAGUUUAUAGCACAUUUCCAGUUACACAAAAAACGUAAGCUAUUCCUGCACACUACAGAACCGACAGCAAGUUAAUUUUCUAGACUGAGGAUGGACUCGGCCAUUGUUGAAUUCUUCUGACCGUGUGAACCACUUGAAAUACUUUAUUUAUGUGCUGUUUUUAAUUUACAUUUGCAAAAAGAAUGAAGCUCAUACGAUUUUUAUUUAUCAAAAAUGCCAAUGUUGGUGGACCUCAUCGUGCUCCUUUGCGUGUGAUUAUUAUAAAUAAGCGGCAUGCAAUAUCGUUUCCUUAAUAAUGUACAAAAAGGUAAAGGGAAUUCAUGUGACCCAUGAGAUUGGGAUUGAGUACUCCCAAGGAAUUUGUCACAGAGUGACAAGAUUAGGGCUGGAUUUUAAGAUUUAUUUCCAUAUCCUUUCCACGAGAAAGUUCCCCCUUUGAAAUAUUUGUAAGUGUAUAUUAUCAUCGUGUAUCUAUCAUACGUCUAUAGUGUAUGUGUCUAGUGGAUGGUCUAUCCACUUUUGAAGUUGCUGCAAUUACUUCUACAGAGUGGUUCACAGGGUUAACAGGAUUUUCAGCUGGGGUGUCUGCUGGUACUUCACGAAGAGCCUCCGUUAAAUUCAGCUUCUUUUUCUGUUGUUACUGUAUAAUCUGUCUCUUUCUUGCACUCAGAGACAGCAGGAUCUGUCACAUAAACUGAAAGUGCUAAUAGUUGUUGCUAGCAGUCAGCCUAGAAUUAAUAGAUUAAUUUUUAACAUAUUUAUUCAAGAGGUUUUCCCAGCGCAGUUAUUUAUAAACGCAUGAUUGAGUAGCCUUUUUCACUGGAGAAAGAUGUGGGGAUUUUGCUUAGUUUUGCAUUUUCCACUGCUUUUCUUUUUCAUGUAAGAUUUUACAUGUGGGUGACAUGUAAGAGGGUUUCAACUGAGCAUUAAUUAAUGUGCUGAUACAAGUGAAUUCUGAAUUUACAGGACCUUACUCUGUUAAAUCUGAGUUUGAAGUGACGAGAACUUCUGCAGAUAUCCUUAAAUAGGAGGUAUAUUGAGUAAGCCAUUUCACUAAAACAUGGAAUUCAUUUUUUUAUACUGUAACUCUUAAUUAAGAUGGGGAAUUGAGACUGGUGUUCUGUUUGAGCCAUUCCAAGUAGUAUGUUGAGCUCAGAAAAAGUUUUGUAGCUAGUCACUGUUUUAUUUUUUCUUAAACCUGGCACCUGGAGUGGUUCAAACUGCUAUGCAAUAGGAGUAUUAAUUCCUACAGAAGGAAAAUGGAUGUUUUCCAUAUCUAUGCAGAUUGUAAGGUGAAAUGGACAUGUACCUAUUCAUGCAACUCAGGCAGUGCAUCUUAAUAGCUUUGAGCUCAUAGUUUGGCACUCUUGUCAAAGAUUUGUUUUAGAGGGUAGAUGUGUGAAGAUACAUUUUGUAGAAGUGGCUUCAUUACUACCUAUAUGAAAUCCAAUAUUCAGUAUUUUAACAAAACCACCAUUUGUUUCUGCACAUCUCUGGCUUGAAACUUUAACUGAACCAAGACUUUUGUGUGUUAAGCUUUAUACACUUGCAGGAAACGUUUAACUAAAGACACUGACCCUGUGCACAAGAUCUUAUUGUGGAGCCAACAAAGGGUUGAAUGUUUACUAAAAUGUGGGCAUUUACUGUUCUCUGACGAGGGUGCUGAUUUUAAAUCAAAUAUGUUUUCCUAUUAACCCAAUGGAAAUCAAGUGCUUAACUUAUCAUGUGAACCUUCCAUUUUAUUGAAAAUUAUGAUACCGCCCAUUUGGCAUAAGCCCUGUACAAAUGGCUUUGUAAAAAAGGCUUGUCCUGGCUUUACAGACUGGUUUAGGUUAACACUGCAUGUCGUAACUGCAUUUGUUUUAGAUUUGUUAUAUAUGAAAAAGUGUUCAGCUACAAGUAAUGAUAUGCCUGCCCGUUUUUGUUUUGUCAAAGAAUAGGGAUCCUACAUUAUGCUGUUAAAUCUCUUGGCCUUUUGUUAAUUUAUCAGGAUACACUCUGUUCAUGUUUACAAAAGUAACUAAAAAGGCCAAAAAGUAUGGGGAAAAAAAAGGAACACUCUGUAUUUAUGAUAGUCAUGUUGUGUGUUGUGUUGUGAAUGGUCAAUCUGGAAACCAUUCUCUGUUGCUGGAUUAACAGAUAUGUACAAAUAUAAGGAGGUAUAGAAUGUCAAAAUAAACUAACACUUUCUGAGUUUCUUUUA